ACCACCACAAAUUUUGACUAAAUGUGAUUUACUUUUGAAAAAUAAGACAAACAAAUAAAUUUUAUGAAAAUAUUGAUAUAUAUUUUAGUGGUUAUUCAUAAUUUGAAACUACCAGUGUGAAAUUCUUGUCAUUUCUUCCAUUGAGAGGUAAGAGACAGCAAAAGUCAAGUGUUCUUUGUGAAAUUGACUAAACAAUGGCGGAUGUUCGACAAGAAUCAACUGUCGGCGGUGGAAGAAUUAAAGGCUUGACUGUGGUUAAGCCAAUUGUGUACGGUAAUUUAGCCAGAUAUUUCGGAAAGAAAAGGGAAGAAGAUGGCCACACCCACCAAUGGACAGUGUAUGUCAAACCAUACAAAAAUGAGGAUAUGUCAAUUUAUGUGAAAAGAGUGAGCUUCAAACUUCAUGAGAGUUAUCCCAAUCCAAACAGAAUUGUUACCAAACCACCUUAUGAAGUGACAGAGACUGGUUGGGGAGAAUUUGAAAUAAUUGUCAAAAUAUUUUUUAAUGACCCAAAUGGAAAUGAGAGACCAGUUACAUUCUAUCAUUUAUUGAAGCUAUUUCAAAGUGAAACUGACAUUAUGUUAGGGAAAAAGUCAUUAGUAGCAGAAUUAUAUGACGAAUUAGUGUUUCAAGACCCAACGCCAGCCAUGCAACAGAUGUUAACCAGUGUUCGACCAAUUUCGAUAGGUGCUUACAAACAUGAGACAGACUUUGAAGACAAGAAAGAAAAAACAAAUAACAAUAUAAUUAAUGCUAAAAAGAAAAUCAGACAUGAGAUAGCAGAAUUAAACGACCGGUUAAAAAUGGCUAAACAGCAUAUAUCCAAGUUAAAGAAAGACAUUGCAUCAGUUGAAAAAGUGGAUGAUAAAUCGGCAAUUUCAUUGAUUCCAACUUAGGAGAUACUUACUUUCAUGGCUAAAGGUGACUUUCAUACGGAAUAUUUUUACUGCUCCUAUCAAAUCAUCAGGAAUUAAAGGUCAUUAAUGACAUUAGACUACUCUUACAUUGUUACAAUUUGUAUCACUGGUGCUCAUAGUGUAGAAUAUUUGUAUUUAUCUAAUGCUCUCAUUAAAGAUUACUGAUUCUAAUUAAGAUGUUUAUGUCACUUUAUGUGUUGAUUAUCCACCAUAUUUGGACUAGGUUCUGCUGGAGAAUUAUCUUACUUGGUUGUCAUUGUCUUGAUCGACUGUUGAAAAAUUAUUUCAAACACCCAAUAAGGUGAAAUGGAUUUAUUUCAUAGACAUAUUGUCCUGGACUCUCAAGCUAAUUAACAGAUAUGUAUGUGGAUGUUUAUUUCAUGUUUUUUCUUUAUGUGACUGACACAUGUCAUCCUUGAUCUGACAAGAUUCUUCUU